AUGCCAUCAUUCCCAAUCUUCAAGAGCUUCCAACAGCAGCAACAAACCACCACCUCCACCAUCGACCAACCGCCCACAAACACAAGGCGAAGCAGCAUCAGCGCCAUCGUCCCCCCACCGGGCAACAUCGCCGGUCAGACCUCCAGUGUCUUCAGUGACCAUGUAGUUCACCAUGCCCAGUUGGAGUCCGUCUCGUCGUCGUCGAUCGCCCACGAGAGCCCUGGUGGUCGUCUCUUAAGGUCGGCCUCCCUCGCCGCGCAGUACUCUCAGAUCCCUCAUCAGUCGGGACAGCAACAGGAGAGACAGCAGCAGAGCAGCUGGUUUGGAACCGGAAAAAGUGGUCAGUUCCAGCAGCAUUACAAUUCGGAGGACAUGUUCAUGUCUUGA